UUUUCUUGAGAUUUUUCGUGGUACCAGUCUAUCUAGGGUUUAAUUAGGAGAUUUUGUAAAUGCUCAGAAUUUAGGGCACUACAGAUCUGUAUGUAAAUGUUCAGAAUUUAGGGCACUUCGAAAUUAGGAGUUUUUUUUUCUUAAUGAAAUCUCAGAACCAUGAUUGCCAGCCUAGGAAUUGCAGAACUAUGACCCUAUCAUUCUACUCGCAACGCAGCGAGAAUAACCUCGUCUUUGCUAGCAGUAAGGAAGAAUGGGUUGUUGACUCAGGCUGCAACAUGCCAACAUGCAACGAAAAGGCCAGUGCUCAUGGGCCGCGGCAACGAAUAUGCCCUCUGGUGUUGGUAGAUACGCAUUUGCGUGUUAAAAAAAUUCGGUGCCGGUCGUACCGUAUACAUUGUGCCUAUGCAGUGUUAGCAGUGAGUAUUGCUUCACUUUGUUUUGAUGGAUGAAUUUUGUAUGGCAGGAGGCAUGUCUGAAUCAUUGAAAUUCGUUGCUUACUAUGGUCCUGGCAGUGUCCGAACAAACGAGAAGGGGUUUGAUCUGAGUGAAUUUAAAUGCGUGGACCUCAUGUUAUCGGAACCAGAAAAAAUGAACAUUAGUCAGUUGAAACACUGGUUGACAACACAUCUUUCUCUUGAUCCCAACGUGUGCACUGUCAGUGUUGAGGCGGUGUGGACGAAAUCCUGUAAAACGUUUUAUGGGACCCGAGGCGGGUAGAUAGAACGCAUGAGUGGCUGUCCUGGUUAGCAUCGUGCAAGUGUCGGAGGACUCACCCCGUCGCUUUAGUGCUCCCUGAGCCAAAGGAGAAUGCUUUGUUAGAAGGCAGCGGUGGGCAUGAGCCCGUCCAUGGCAGCCAUCCGGUUGAUAGAGAUAAGCAAUCUGGCCACAUGCACAAUCUGACAGAAGAAGGCGAUUAUGGAAGGGCUGGAGAUAUUGAUCCAGACAACAGCGAUGAAGAUAGCGGCGACGAGGCGCAGUCAGACCUCGCGUACUCAGUUGUUAGCACCAGGCAGCAUGCAGCCCACAUGGCGUUGGAGGCUCAGGAAGUGGUUGCCGCUCUUAUCAACCGGCUCAGCAUGGGGAUCACGAUGAGCCCGUCCGACAAUAUGUCCGCGUGGCGGCGCGUUGACAGUCAGCUACGGAGGAUCUUCCAGACCUUGAGGUGCCCUUCGGGGUACGUUGCGCCUAGUGGCGGAGCACACCAUCCCCAGUACCCCUCCCUGCACCGUGCUAGGGAGGCAUGCCAGGCGGCUCCACCUUCGCCUAAACGUCCGCGUGGCCCGGGGUGUCAGCCGCAACCUGCUCGGCCGACUGGGCAGCAGACACUCACGGCACCAAUUCACAUGGAUGCCGGUUCCUCCUCUUGGCAGCAGCGGCAGGAGCAGGAGCGAACCGUUGUGCAAGUCACACGGCCGGAGCCGCCGCGCAAGGACGGUCGCCGGCCGACUCAGCCCCUCCCGCCGUGGCUACCCCUCGCACCGUUUGGUCCUCGCAUGAUGAAACCAAAAACCCGUCUCCGUAAAAAGCCCGCAGCACCACCGGAAGGGCAGGGGGUAUGAACUAUACUGGAGCGUGACAUGUGCUUUGCCCGCGUUGUUUUUCCAUCGCCGAAUUAAGUCUCAUAUGUUUAUUUUGUACGUGGUUUAUUAUGAUCAGCUGACUUUUUGUGCGUAAUUGUCAGUUAAUUAUCUUACAUCGCAGUGUUGAUCAUAGGUCUAAUUGUUAGCUCAGUGGGUGAUUUGUCCAUGUUAUGACAUGUGUCGAUGAAUCAAGUUGGAUGAGCUAUGUGUCAUUGGCCUCUUGCAGGCAAUGUAAAAGUCGGAGCCUUUGAAUUUUGGUAUAUGUCACGGAUAUUCAAUUCG